AUGCCCGCUGGAUUCGCCUACGACUUCCUCCUCCUCUUCUGGAGGAUCAUCAUCAAUAUCUUUUUCCGCGAAAUCCGUCCCCGUGGCGCGUUUAAUAUCCCUCAAGAGGGCCCUGUCCUGUUUAUAUGUGGUCCCCACGCCAACCAGUUCUUGGAUCCCUUGUUGUUGUUCUCAGAAGUCCGGAAAGAGUCAGGGAGACGUGUGUCUAUCUUGACGGCUGCUAAGAGUAUGAACCGCAAGUUUAUUGGUGCUGUUGCUCGUGUAUUUGACUCGAUCCCUGUUGCACGAGCGGCCGACUAUGCGACGGCAGGCAAAGGCCGCAUCGUUCUCUCUGAAUCCGACCCUCUCAUCGUCACAGGCCUCAACACCGACUUUACCACUCAAGUCAAACCUCACUCUCAACUCGUCCUGCCUAAAUCUGCCGGCUAUGCUGCUGCCACAGUAGGAGAGGUUAUCUCCGAUACCGAAAUCCGCCUCAGAACCGAGUUUGUGGUGCCUAGCAAGGACGGAAAUGCGAAUGUCAAAGCCUCUACCAGAGUCAGAACCGAGGGCGAGCAAAAGGAAGGAUUGGAAUACAAAGUCUUGCCGCACGUCGAGCAGGAAGACACGUACGGCGCUUGUUUCCAGAGGUUAAAUGAGGGCGGCUGUAUCGGCGUGUUCCCCGAAGGCGGCUCGCACGACCGUACCGAUUUCCUUCCCCUGAAAGCUGGCUUUUCCAUCAUGGCUCUUGGUGCCAAAGCCCUUCACCCGGAUCUCGACGUCAAACUCGUUCCCGUCGGUCUCUCCUAUUUCCACCCCCACAAAUUCCGUUCUCGCGCUGUCGUCGAAUUUGGCCCGCCCAUCUCAGUCGAUCCAGAGUUGGUGGAACUCUACAAACAAGGUGGAGCGAAGAAAAGGGAAGCAUGUGGGAAGCUCUUGGAACAAGUCCAUGAUGGUUUAAGAGCGGUCACGCUCAGGGCCCCGGACUGGGAGACGAUGCAGGUCAUUCAGGCUGCGAGGAGGCUGUACCGGAUCCCCGGUCAACACCUCACUCUUGGCCAGGUCGUCGAGCUGAGCAAGCGCAUGAUGGAAGGGUACCUCGUGUACAAGGAUGAGCCCAAGAUCAUUGAUCUUCGCCAGAAGGUGCUCGCGUACAACCGUCUUUUGCGGGAUAUGGGUAUUGCCGAUCAUCAGGUCGAAAGAGCUUCCAACAAGAGCGUCAAGAGCCUACUGCUUUUAAUUUAUCGCACUGGCUUGCUCAUCUGGUGGUCACUCCUGGCUCUUCCCGGUACCAUUCUACAUGCCCCCGUUUUCAUCCUCGCCAAACUCAUCAGUAUACAAAAGGCCAAAGAGGCACUCGCUGCUUCCACGGUCAAGAUUCAGGGUCGAGAUGUUCUCGCCACCUGGAAAAUUCUCGUUUCUCUCGCCGUCACCCCCCUCCUCUACAUCUUCUACUCCAUCCUCGCCACUUAUCUCGCUUACAAGUAUGACCUCGCCCCGGCGUACCGCCACUGGACGCCCGUUGUCAUCUUUUGCUGGUUGCCCGGAUGGGCAAUGGCGAGCUUGAAGUUUGGAGAGGCCGGGAUGGAUGUCGCAAAGAGUCUGAGACCAUUGUUCUUGUCUGUAUGGCCGGGGAACCAAAGAGAAGCCGACAAGCUCAGGGAGAUGAGGGAAUCUCUCACAGAAGAGAUCAGCGAAGUCAUCGAUGAAUUCGGUCCCGAACUCUACGACAACUUCCAACGCGGCCGAAUCCUUCCUUCCGCCUCCGUACCCCAGACUGGCCGCAAUCCAGGUCUUCUCUCCCGCAAGUCCCAAUCCGCCGACUCAUCUGUCCUCUCACACCCCAUGCUCUGGCUCGACGAACGCAUAUUCGGAUGGAACCGAUCCGCUUCUAUUGGUCAAUCAGUCUGGUCUUCAGGCAGGAUGGAGAAGACUAGGAGCGAGAUGGAGGCAGAGCCGCUUAGCCCGACGGAUUCGGAUGGAGAGGAGUACGAAGCGGAUGUGGAUUAUGAUGACGUGUUGGCUAUCAUUGAUACCAAGAGGUCAACGGGGGAUGAUGCUGCGUCGCCGUCUGAGAGAAGAAGAAGGUACACCGGUGGGUCGAGAAGCGAGGGCUCCGCGGCCUCACCUCGGUCAGAUACAUCCGGCAUGCCCCUUCCGAAAGUGGAUGAUGAGGGCGUCUUGAGACUCCACAAACGCCCCGGGGUAGCUGCAAAGGGCGAUGUGGAUGAGGAUCAGGGUGAGCAGGGGUUGGGUUUGGACACCGGCAAGGGUAAAGCGGGUAAAUCGGAGUAG